AUGUCCGCCGCCGUCUUUGAGUACCUUGGCAACACGGGAGACCGUGAUAAGGUGAUGGCCAUCGUGCAGUUCCUCCCCAUGGCCCUCGCUGGCCCUGCUAACGAUGCCGGUUGCAUCGCUCUCAGCAAGUCUCUGAAGAGCCUCUCGUCCAUGGCGGACGGCUACCGUGCCAUCACGCGUCUCGCCCUUCUCUUCAACGCGCUGUCAAAGCCAACGCUGGAGGCACUCUCCAAGCCUAAGGGUGACGUACUACUCGACCGUGUGGACCAGCUGAGCCACUUCUUCCACGUGUGCUUCUGCUUCUUCGAGAACACGGCAGUGCUGUCCAGCCACAACGUGUACCCGAACCGCUUUGUCCGCCUCGGUGGCUGCGCUGUGACCUGCUGGUUCUACACACUGAUGCUCGGUCUGAUGCGCCAGGCGUACGUCAUGACGCAAAAGAAGAACACACCGGAGGAACAGAAGCGGCAGAUGAUCACCACCGUGAAGCUAGGCUGCUUCUUGAUCUUCUCGCUGACGUGCUUCCCGAAGGGUGGCCCACAGCUACUGGAGGACGUGAACGGCCCGCUGGUGCCGCUGCACAAGACGCUGCAGCUCAUCGCGCCGAAGCAUCUCGCGCUGAACGAAACGAUCCGUGGUGUGCUUGGCUUCAUCGCGUCCAUGUGUGAUUUCUACUGA